UCGCGCAUGCGCACAACACCAUUAACCGACACUGUUUUUAGCUUGAUGCUAAAACUAUUGUGAGCAUUUCGGCUAGUUUAUUUCUCGAUAAUUAUCGUAGUAUUAUUUUAUGUUUUGUUUUUUGUUAUUGUUGUUAAAAACGUCAUAGCUAAAUACAACCGUAAAACCCGCAUGCUAACGCUAACGCUAGCUAGCUAGCAACAGUAGACCACUCACUGCAGUGUUCAUUACCGAUGGCUGUCAAGGUCGUGUUUGUGCUCUGUUUGUUGCUUUGGCAGCUGUAUGUGGUGCCAUGUGCAGGUCAGGAGCCAGUAGACCUGAGUGCUUUCCAGCCCCAGAGUGCUCUCACUGACAUGGAGUUUGUUACUGUGAGCUCCUAUCGAGGGCCGGGCAACACAGACACCCGCAGAAACAAGGAGCUGCCCAUCCUGCUAUGGUGGAGUGGCAACUUGUUCCCACACUUUCCAGGGGAUACAGAGCGUGUGGACUGUGCUCGUUCGUCCUGUCUGGUGACACGAAAUCGCAAGGUCCAGCUGCACCGGCGAACCACCUCCAUCAUUUUCUAUGGCACAGAUUUCCGUGCAUAUGAGGCGCCGCUGCCUCGCCUGGCUCACCAGACUUGGGCACUCUUCCACGAGGAGUCACCAAUGAACAACUACUUACUGUCACAUGGGCCUGGAAUCUGCCUCUUCAAUUACACUGCUACAUUCCGCAGGGAGUCAGACUAUCCACUUACACUGCAGUGGCUGCCAUCACUCAACUACCUGCUUCAGCCUACCUCAGUCUCUCUGGAGGAGAAGAACAGCUGGAGAAAAGCUGGACUUGCCCCAGUGUUGUACAUGCAGUCCCACUGUGAUGUGCCUUCAGACCGUGACCGUUAUGUCCAGGAGCUUAUGAAGUACAUUCAGGUUGACUCAUAUGGAAAGUGUCUCAAUAAUAAGCCCCUGCCUGAAUAUCUAGAGGACACCAGCACUGCCACAGGCGAGGAUCAACGCUUUAUGAGCUUCGUGGCCCGCUACAAGUUCCACCUCGCCCUGGAGAACGGACUAUGCCCCGAUUACAUGACUGAGAAACUGUGGCGGCCGAUGCACCAAGGAUGUGUGCCCAUCUACAAAGGCUCAUCCUCUGUUGCUGACUGGCUCCCAAACGAGCAUUCUGCCAUUUUGUUAGAUGAUUUUGCCUCGCCUCAAGAGCUAGCCAAGUUCAUCAAGGAUUUGGAUAACGAUGACUCCAGGUAUUUGCAAUACUUGGAGUACAAGACGCCCAGUAAGAUAACCAACCUUCGGCUUCUCGAAGGCCUUCAGAACCGAGAGUGGGGCAUCAACGACAUGAGCAAACCCAACUACCUGAACGGCUUCGAGUGUUUUGUAUGUGACAGAGAGAAUGAGCGACUGACGGCAGAAAAGAAGCACAGACGAGAGCCUGACAAGUAUCUAGCACCUCAAACAAAGAUGGCCAACAACACGCACAUGGGGUGUCCACUUCCUAGCCCUGCAUAUGGAGUCAUAGAGGACAUUGAUCCUAAUGAUGGGUGGCUUCAGAUGUGGCCACAGGACUACUGGCAGAGUCUUGACCAGGCAAAAGGACUGGUGUCACUGAUCCAUCAUAACGAGUCUGACCCUGGACGGCUAUGGCAACACAUCCACAGAAUGGCUGUGAGCAGGAACAGCCAGUGACCUCUGAGAAACAACACCUCGUGAGCUUGUAUAAGAGAAGAAUUUUUCAAACAAAGGACCACUUUUAUUCUACCAAAGACAAAAUACACACUAAAGAACAA